GACGAAUUCAAUAACAGCGAUAUUUUUAUUCAGGGUUCUGCCAGGCGCACUUCCCCCUGUAGUGCUGAAGAAAACUGAUUCUGGAGGUCGCAGAAGUCCUCGGGACGAGUCCUACCAAGACGACGCUCGACCUUCCGUACAACUACGACAUGUAGAACGAGAUUCAGAGGCCGAGCAGUACGACGAGAGGAUUGGGGUGAAGGUUUCAGAUCUGUUUGAUAUUGGCAAAGACAUUCAAGCCGGAGGGGAGUAUAUGGAAGAUGGCAGACGUGUUGAACGAAGUGAUGAACGUCGCUACAGAAGGUAGACAUUAAAUGUUGUUGCGUAGUUUAAAACAUCGGGACGGUUGCAUCUAACACCCGACUGAUAGGGGAUCUGACCGGACCUCUAGGACAAGGCUGGAUUUGGAUUUUCACCAGAGGCAUAACCAGGGGGGGGGAUAGCGGGGGGCGACGGGGUCCGGACUCUUCUUCAGGACCAAUUUUGUAAUUUCUUCAAAACUGAGAACUGGGAGGGGGAGCGUAACCUCUUAAUGUUUUAACUAUGACAUAAAAUAUACCAAAUAUGUGGCUUUCAGAUUAUCAUAAAUGCAUGAAAUAGCGUUUCGUAUGCCAUAAAGAUAGAAAACCUUUCUAGGGAACCAUGCCCCCGGACGGCUGUACCCCUCCACUUGUUCGGGGAAAUACUGUACUUACACUCUCAAGGGAAGUACUGUAAUCAUGCCAUCUCUUCACAUUUCCCCUUAAAAUCCCGCCUUGUUCUAGGAAGGACAGUUUAGAAUAGAUAGAGACAUCCAGUUCAAAUAAAGUUAGUUCAGUUCUGUAUCACCGUUCCCAGAGGAUUAUAACUAUUCUUUCAUACGUACGUACGUUCACCUGAAGUGUUUAUUUUCACCACGUAUUUCUUCGUCGUAAGAAGUUCUGAAUUUUUUUCUAAAAAUCAUCACUUUCAAUUAAAGAAUAUUUUCACUAUUGUUCCUUACCGCCUCCCCCAUUUUCGCAGGUUAUUCGUAUAGGGAAAGUGUCGACAUUUUGAUUCGGCCCCUCGCAUCUUCAUACGUAUCGGUAGAUGAAAAUGUUCAAAAAUAGAUCAAACUUUGUAAAUCUCUGUUCACAAACCAAACAAAUUAUUUCGCCCCAUUGUUUGGCAAACUUAGCUAAAAAUACUGUAUCAACUAUCAACAUUUCGACUUUUUUUCUUGUCUCAUCAAAUAAAAAGGAAAACACUUUUAAAAUACUCUGGUUAGAAUUUUCUGGGUCAGUAUAAACCAUAACCCUCGUUAUAUUUCCUGAUUAUUUUAACCUUUUUCCUGCUAUAGUCUGGUUAAUUUGACCGGAACGUCCUGGCUAAAUUAAUCAGACUUUGUUACGUGGAUAAUAAUAUACAUAGAGGAUAUUACUCGACUGUGAUUGGUACGUUGAUUUUAGUGCAGUAAUCUCAAACAGCAGUGCAAAAUUCUGUAACAAUAGUGCAAAAUUCUGUAACAACAGUGCAAAAUCUUUAACAACAGUGCAAAAAUCUGUAACAAACUAAUCUGAUUGGUGGAAAAAACAAUGGGAUGUAAAAUCAACCAAUCAGCUUUUAGCACUCCUCAAGUAACGGCCACAGAUUGCUUCAAAACAAAACAAACAUGGCGCCGCGCUACAUGGAGUAAAAGUUGAGUUCGAGUGAAAAAUAUGGCUUUUAUCUUUUUUUAAAUGGAAAAGACUUACCUUAAUUAAACAAGACUAACAAAACUUACAUGGUAGGAUGGUUUCCCGUGAAAUUUGGAUAAAACAAGCACUCGUGAAUUUUUCGAAGACCUCAAAUAGCACUCGUCCUUCGGACUCGUGCUAUUUUGAUGCUCUUUGGAAAACGCACUCGUGCCAUAGAUAUCUUAUAUACACUAGAUAGUGAAUCUAAUCCCAUGAAAUGAGAAGAUUCGUAUGUUUUCUAUUUCUUAAACAGGGAACUUAAACAUUAAGUUGACCCUAUUCCAAAUACGUUUUUAAACUAUUCAAAUGAUGAAAGACCAACAUGGCCGCCAUCUAUUCAAAUGGGGGUAACCGCUGGAAUAUUCUUGGCUUCAAUUUUACUAAAAGAGAUGCGCUAUCUAGUCUAUAUAAGAUAUCUAUGACUCGUGCAAUUUUUAUCCAAAUUGCACACGAAACCAUCCUUUUAUCUAUACUGACCAGGAAAUUCUAACCACAGUGUUUUUAUACUCCAGAAUAAAGCUGUUGUGUAACCUUACUGAUAAACCAUUAAAUUUAAAUGAGGUUAUUAGUAUUACAACAUUAGGUGUUUCGACCUUUUGUAUUUUUGACGAAAUGAAAAGAAAAACCCUUCUGAAAUCGUAACUGUAUAACACUUCACCCGCCUUUGCAGUGACAGUGAUGACGACGAAGCGGGAUUUUCUCGCGGCCCGCGAGAAUCUCGCGUGACUGACACGCAAGACGUGGAGAGACGCGGCGAGCAAAUAAAUGAGGAGCUGGUGCGGACUACCGUGAAACCAGUUGAAGCGGGCCCAGUCGAUUUUGAAGAUGUGUUCAGGUAGAUUGGCGCGCAGUCCUGGGACCUAGGCUCGCUUCGGUGUUAAUGAUUGACUGUUUUAUAUAUUGAAAUUAUUUUUACAAUUCUGAUUAUGGAUGUUAAUGGAUCAUUUGGGUGGUGAAGAGAAAAAUUGAGUGAAAUGAUUGAUUGGAGAAUGUGAAGUGUGGGGCUGAUGUGAUAUGUUGUUCUGUUUUGUUGCGUUUUAAGAGGACAUUUUUUGUAUGUUACCUAACACGCGCUCAAAACUAGUGAAUAUAAUAUUCCAACUUGGUUUUGACCAGUUUUCGGCAAACAAACUUAAAAAGUAUAUGUUUAGUGCUUUGUCUAUAAAAUACUGCCAAAACGAAGAGUUUUUAGAUGGUACAACGCCUUAGAAAAAAUGUCUGAUGUGCAGUAAGCUUUACUUAUAUUGCUGUAAAUAUAUAGCCUCAAUUCGAAAGCACCAUUGAUGACAAUUUUUAACUAUUAUUAUUUAAUUUUUUUCAUCCGGCAGAUGCAUUUAAAAAGGUAGCUAACUGUAUGAACAAGAAAAUAAAGAAACGCCAAAAAGACUUUCCAUAAACAACAUUUUCAAAAUCUCCGAACCCUUGAACUGAUUGCGAAGUCCCUUUAAAGUCAUGAAAUUUUUUCGAAGUUCUGUUUGUUUAAAAUUGGCAGUUUAAAAUGACACUAAAAAGCCAAUAUAAAAAAAACCCAACUUAACUGUAUAUUGUAUAACGAAAUAUAAAAAAUAUUCACACGGCCCUUAAAAUACAGUUAGGCGGUGAUAAGAAUCACGGAAUUAAUUUUACGUAGCCUAAUCGCAAGAUAGUACGCGACAUAGAAAAAAUUGUCUCUUAACGUUAAUUGUGUGAGUUGUAUAUGUGGUUAUUUGUUGCUUUUUGCGGCAUCAUGAUUUAUUGAUUGUUAAUAUUGAUUGAUCAAACUAUUUUCAACAACAAUUUCUAAAUUGAUCAUAUAAUGAUUUUACUGAUUACGUUAAUGCUCAAAUCACCAAAUCAAUCGUAUAAUUGAUUAAUAUUUAUUGUGAUUUAAAGUAUUAUUAAUGAAAUACAUACAUAUUAUAUAGAAGAGUCAAUCAUUGACACUGAAGUGUUGCAAUUAAGCGGAUAUUAAGUUCAAGUGCGUCAGGUUAGCAAAUUUAUUGCGUUGCCCUUGGCUUAUGUUGGCAAGGUGACGAAACUCGUGCAAUAAUACAUUUGGCUAUGUUAAUUCCGUUUUAAAGACAUUCACAUUAUGCAUUCACUUCACAUCAUUCCAUUCUAUCUAGUAAUCCUAUGUGUCCCAACAAACAGCAUGAAUUCACAUUGUGCAUUAUCACUGAACAAUAUUUGAACAGGAAGUUCGAGUCACUAAAUAUGAGUGGAGGUUCUUCAUCUUGAUAUUGUACACCAAGACAUUGAGAGUAAAAAAUUAGUUUAUUUCAUUUGAAAGGAAGGGUUUUUAACAGCUUUUCGGUAAUUUUAUAAUGCAUGGCUAAUGGACCAUUUGCAUUACAGCCUAAAUUUUGAUCUAAACAAGUCUAGACAGAAAUUUCUAGAGCAUCACAAAAUUAGUAAUAUUCCAAAGUUUCGUUGCGAAAUGUUGUAAAAUGUGGAUAAUAUAACCUUGCGAAGUUUGCCGUUUUUCAGUCAUUUUGCAUUACGCGGGGGAAAUUGACAGCCCAAUACCCUUUGGGGCUGUCAAUUUCUCGUUUGUACUUCGUAAUACAAAAUGACUGAAAAACGGCAAACUUCGCAAGGCUAUAUUAUCCGCAUUUUAAACAUUUUCGCAACGAAACUUUGGAAUAUUACUAAUUUUGUGAUGCUCUUUCAAGCUGUGAUGAAAUUUUUGUCUAGACUUGUUUAGAUCAAAAUUUAGUCUAUAAUGCAAAUGGCCAUUGACGAUUAUGUGCUGCGAUACCCAUCUGUCUAUGCGUAUCAGUUUAAUUCCCAUAUGCAUUCACAUAUACAUUCACAACAUACAUUCACCUCUAUCACUGCUUAACAAAUUUUACAUUGUUCCUUAACUAAUUCUCUCCCCCAUUAUCUAUAGUUCUCAACAGACUACGAGCAAUCGUACUCAGACCACGACAGAGUACAGGACUAGUUACCAGGUCACGAAGCAAGCACGAAACACGGUUGUUGACACUCGUGGCGGACGGAGGGUUGAAGGUGGUGUAUUCAGCGAGUACUACCCUGGGCGCUCACGUGCUAAGAUUGUGAAUAUUGAUGAGGAGAAACAAGGAGGAUAUGUGGGACGUGAGGAACCUCAAGUGAAGGUAAGGGAUAUACGAGGGCCUACGAAGGAUGCAGCUCAACAAGAUCGAGACGAAGUCUCUCUAAAGCCUGCUCCUCGUUACGACGCAAGCAUAAUAAACAUAAGAGGGAUCAAACGUAUUGACUUCUUAUGCACUGUCCUCAAUACGACGCAACAUAAACAUUGUAGUGAGGAUAACACAAGCAUACAAACACCUUUAUAACUCGUGUCUGAUCACGGGACGUAGCUACGGUGGAAGGCUCAAUGUGUUGUACAACCUUUCUCUUUAGAGUUCUACAAAUAAUUCGUGUUCGAUCUUGUCCGAUCACCACGUGAAUUGGUCUGACAUAUUGUCAGACGACGUUUUUAGAAUCUUUAGAAUCACCCUUACAUAUAUAAUCACCCUUAGAAAGCCUUGGACUUGACCAGGUUAAGCUGCGUCCUCCGCAAUUCAGCUGAGGAGGGGGCAGACCCAGGGCUCGAAGUAGAGAAAAAAUAUGGCCUGCCAGUCUAAAUUUUUUGGCAGGUGAAAUAAAUUUUAGCCUGCCAUUUUUAUUCAUUGAACUGCCAAAAUGGCGAUGUCUCAUAUGAGUCAUAUUGUAAAAAUUAAUGUUUUCAUGAUAUGCAUUUUUAUUGUUUUUAAACUUGUCUAUUUUACUACAGUAAACUUUGAUUCACAUUUCAAAUAUAAACGUAUUUAGUCAACUAAAUGAUCUAGUAUAUAUGAGUUGUGGUAAUCAAAUGAAAUGAAAUAUAUCUAUGGAAUUUCACCUGCCAGUUUGGCAGUUCUAAAGUAUGGCCUGAUUCUAAAAUAACAGUUCUAAAAUAUGGCCUCAUUUUGGCCAUUGGCAGCCCGCUAUUUCGAGCCCUGGGCAGACCCCCUACAACUUUGCGCUUUUCCACUUCAUAACUUCCAAGUUAGAUUCCUUUUCCUUGACCCCUCCCGCUCCUGACGAAUCCCCAAAAGAAGCUCUGGUGCAAUACUGGUAAUUAUUAUUUUGUUGUAUCGACGAAACGCUUAUUAUACUAAUAUUCCCAGUAAAAUUAUUUAAUUAUUUCCAAUCUAGAUGGAAUACGAGAACCGCGUAUCUAGUGAGCCACCCUCGUACGACCGUCGCCCACCUCCCCCAAACCAUUACGAUGAUGAGCCCCCGCCAAACAGGCGCCCUCCCCCUCCCUCGGAUGACCAAGCCCCUAACCGACCCAAACCUUACUCGAAUGUGUACCCACGGCCAUUUGGAACGCAAUCGUCCGCCUACUACUCCGACUACCGCCGUACCGCGACGGAUUAUAACGACGGGCGACAAUACAAUGGUGAAUACCAACAACCAGUGCCAGAGAGCGCCACAUAUCGGUAUGGUAGCACCGCUUACCGUAAUCCAGCGACGGAUUACGACGACGCACGAGGAGACGCGACCAGGUAAGAAUGGAUUUAAAAUAUUAUUGGUCUGAUAUACUGGGUGUAUGAAGAAAGGUAAUCCAACGUUAAUACAGCUAAUUCAAAAAAGGUUGUCCUUCGAAAAUCUCAAACCUUAAACUCUAAGCGCGCAAAGAGUGACGGGUAACUUUUUUAGCGCUUUUGAUUGGGCAAAUAAUCCUAGUACACUGCUAGUUGCACAUCGUAAGUGCUUAUUAUCUGUCUUGCCAUAGCUACAAUGCACAAUUCGCACGUUUUAGGCCUUAAGUAAGAAAGAUGUGAGAUUUUUGAAGGACAACCUUUUUUGAAACAGUUGUAUAUGCGUUACCCAUGCAUCUCAUUUACCACAUUUACCCAUACACCUUUUAAAAGACCCAUUUCCGCAGAAAGAAAAUUUUGUAAAAUGUGAUUGGCCGACACCAAUUUUUCGUCGGAAAAAAAAUUGAAGUUGAAAAUUUUCAACUUUUAACAAUGAUAUUUUUGGAAAAUUUUCUGUCCGUGAAAAUUUUUCUUGAGUGGAAAUGGGCCUUUACACUGGCAUACCUUAGAAUAAAAUUACGUGAACUUGCGAUUAAAGCUCAACCGCUGGACUCUAGACUGGUUAGAGCGCUGCACCGGAAUCGCAGGACCGCAGGCUCGAUUCCUGCCAGAGAGUAUUUUACGCAGUUGCUCCUGGUUUGGUGUAAAAAUGUAGUAAAUUUACACUCUAGAUAUUCAUGUAGAAAAACAAAAAGUACUGUAUUGUAUACUGUUCGUCUGAAUGCGCUUUGUUUUGGAGGAUUGAUUACUACGAUCUUCACUCGACCUUGGUUUGUCGAAAUGUUUGAACGCUCAAAAGAAACGUUUUGUCGUCGCGCAAUAAAUGUUGUCAAGGCGGUAGUACUAUAUAUCUUGUCAUGGUCAUUUUUUAUGAAUGUUGUUGUCUAGGCCACUUCGAAAAUGUUUACAGGGCCUUGUCAGGCGUAAACUAAACAAUUUAAUUAAAACUAAAAUAGACAAUUUAAAGUAUUUAAACCAUAGAGGAUCGCGUUUUAGGCAACAAUUUGAGAGUGUCUAUUGAAUAGUGAUGAAAUUAUAUAUCGAAAUGCUUCAAUGUUCACAAAACUGGUUAUUUCGACAAAUUUAGACUAAGCAAGCACCUCUGGUGGCAACGUCAGAACGUCUUUACAAAUUUUUCAACAUUCGUUCAACGCUUAACAGCGCCUAGGCGACAUUCAAAAAUGCCCUUGACAACAUACAUUGCACGUGACGGAAAAAGCAUUUUCUUGAACGUUCAAACAAUUCGACAAAACAAUUGGCGUUCCGAUUCUUAUGAUGGAUGAUGUGUUCAGACCAGCCACGGUUCUAUUAACCGUGGACCAGCCAAGCUGAAAAGUUUGCUUGACCGUUGUGGGAAUCGAACCAUUAGUUUGCUAGUCCAGUGCUCUACCAACUGAGCUACGAGGUCAAAUCGGUUCGAAUAGUAUGUUGUUAGUGACAAUCGUAUGUCAACUUCAUGUAAUCGCAUUAUUAUUCUAGCUAUAAAAAGUUUGUGGUUAAUUUUGUAACAAUACGAAUGUGAAUGUAUGUUUGGAUAUAUCUGCUUUUUGUCCUCACACAAUGCAAGGUGAUUAUUAGUUGAGCGCUUUUCUCCAAAUUAUUUAUAUAUCUGCAUGUCUAAGAAUGGCUUCUAUAAAUUUUUCUCCAGUAGUUCACUAACAACUUGUGUUUAUUUAUUUUGAAUUAUGCAUGAAAAUUGCUAAACUUGUUUUUCAUUAUAUUUUCUAUUGAAUUAGCAUUUCUCACGAAUGCCAAAAUCCGCCAUCUUUGGGGUACUGUCUGCCCUCGUGAAUGAUUCUAGACAAUUCAAACAACGUGAAAAGCGACUUUUAAAAGUUGUAACAUUUUACAAACAAUUACAGUGCUAAAAAAUUGUAUUUCGGGGUGAGGAGACUCUCGAACGUAGGAGAGGCAGUACCCCCAAAAAUGGCGGGAAAACUGGCCGUGUUAAAGGCUAAUUAAGAUGGUAUGGAACAGCUUUUUAAAAUCAAAGUUAUGUAGCUAAAUCAUUAAGAUAUUGUUGAAUUGAUUCUAAGUGAACCUUGAUUUUAUUCUAAUAAUCACCUUACGUUGCUAAUCACGUUCGUUUUGUUCUAAUUUGAUUAUCUGAUAGAAUUGAUUCUGUGGAAAAUUUUGAUAUUUUAUCCUCUUACAAUAUGACUGUAAACCGAUAAUAGUAUGUGUGAACUCAUGCCAACAUAAUAGAUUAUUUGUGUUUGCCAAAUGCAGAGCCAUGCAGGCUUGAAAUCGACUGAAAUCUCUCAAAUCACCUUGCAAUGUGGCGGGACAAAAUGGCGGCUAUCUGAAACAUACGGACCAAUCAGCAUCGUUAAGGAAAUCACGUGUUUUGUGUUUAGUGAUUUCGAGUCUGUUGGCGAUGAUGAGCCCACGGUCGUGGCUACAGCCCGCGGUUACUUCACGUCACGUGGCGGUAUUCUGACCUCGGAGGAAACUGGAGUGAGCAUUUAUAUUCCGUCUGGCGCUAUCCCGCCUGGAAUUGAACAAGAAAUAUAUUUUAAAGUUUGUAACGAUAAUACGAUGUUGCCACCUUUGGAUACCGAGAAAGGUGAGUGCUUGGUUUUGCUGCUUCGAACCUGGUUUUCACUUGCGAAUCUAGUACAAGUGAUUAAAUAUAUUUCUCCUUUCUUAAGUUACACUGCCAUUGCCCAUUGGCUUUUAACCAAAAUUAUCAGAUUCAAAAGGUGGAACAUAUUAGCUUUGAAAGUGUUAUGGGUUUCUACAUUGUCGCAGUUUUAAGCGAGCCUGUGUGACUUUCAAAGCAGAGUAACGCUCGACUUAACCGUUGCAUAUUUGUGUAAUUGUUCUUUUACAAUACGAUAAUCAUCGCCGGCAAGAAUCUUCACUAAUUUUUCAGUUCGACAUGUGUUCCGCACGAAUAUAUCUGCCUAUAAUACAUGGUUACUUUAAACAAAAUUAUUGUGGUAAUUUUCAAACUUUUCUGGGGGCAUGCCCAGGAAGGACUUCAUCUCAACACCGCCUCCCCUCCCCCCCCCCUCCCCCCUGGGGGUCCCUGACUCAGAAUAGAUCGAGUUUCGCCACCCAGAUGCGAAAAAGGAUAGUUGUCGACCCUUAUCUUAACGUGGAACCCCGUGCCCUAAAUUUCUUUUGAAUUUUCUUUUGUUCUGUCCCAGUAUAUGUUUACACUCUUUCUCUUAUUUCUCAAAUGAUGGCAAAUGCUUCGCUGUAUUUCACUGUUUUUCUUAUUGUAUUUCCUUAUGCUUGUGAUUUUGUCGCUAGUGAAACCAGACUUUUGAAUGAACACUUUCAAAUUCUCCACACAUACAACCCUGUUUUUCAUAGUCAAUUUAACUUGAUCUUACCCUAGGUGAGACUCUGCUCAGUCCUCUGGUAAUGUGUGGACCACAUGGUACAAAAUUUCUCAAGCCAGUGGAACUACGUCUUCCUCACUCCGCUUCAAUGACACCCGAAGGAUGGUCAUUUGCUCUUAACUCUAGUAAUAAUUCGUCAGGUAUAAUCACAUGGUCUCUAUUUUCUCGGAGCUGUAUGUACAAAGGUUCACUACAUUUUCUCGGAGCUGUAUGUACAAAGGUUCAGUACAGCCCCGAGUUUCGUUACGAAGCUUUAUUGAAGUGACUGAAGCCCUUGUUCAUUGUUUAAAACAGUUCCUUGAUGGGUUACGAGCCAACACUGUUUAAAUACGUAAAGCUAUAUUGUAACAAAAUUAAAAGCAAUCUGAAACGGUCCACGAUACUACACUUCAAAAGCGAAUUUCAAAAUAAUAAACGAGAUUUAAUGGAAGUGGGCUGCUCGAAGAUGAGCCCACAGUUAUUUAGUGCGCUGUUGUUUACAAGUUUUCACACACAUGAAAAAUUUUUCUAGUUCAAAAGCUAACAUGACUAACUUUUGAACAGUAUACUCCAUAUGAAUGGGGAAAAUUGUCAGUUUUGAGAACAAGCAAAAGUUUUCAAAAAACACUUGAUCGUCUGUACGGGGCUUUUGAGUAUGGAUCUUCUUUUAUUUAACCUAUAGAGAACAUAGUUUAGAACUGAUAGAGUUAUCUAACACGUAUAUAUAGGGCCUCAACCUUGAUUAUUUCGGAUAUGACAAAACACCCAUAUUACUUGAAAUUGCGCUUAUAUUUUCUAUGUCAUUUCAACUAUAAUUCACUGUAUUCUUUUUACUCACAUUACAGAUGAAAUGAAACGCUAUAAAGUUGGGAGCAACAGCGUAUCUGUUCUUGUUGAUCAUUUUUGAAAUGAAGAAAACGUAAUUGCAGUAGUCAUAAAAAGAGUUAAAUAGACAACAUUCAUUAACGUCUAAUGAUAUAUAACAAAAUUCAACUGAGAUAUUUUUAUAGUGAUUCAGUCUAGUUUUUUAUAGUUUGGAGGAUAAUUGAAAAUCAAUGAGAAUGUAAUUUUUUAAAAAAUAUAAUAGUAAUUUUUAGAGACCGUAAUAUGUGACAUAAUUAUAUAAUACUGUUAAAUUAGGCUAUAGUGAUAGUAUCGUGAAUUGGUGUUGAAUUUUAUUUGAUACACAUCAAUUUUAGCAUAAUUCAUCGUUAUGAUACCUUUCACCUGUGGAUUUAACGUUCGCAGCAUAAUUUAGUUUUAUCAUAUAAAAAUUCGAGGGGCAAAGUACUCCAAAAUUCUGAGAAAAAUCCACGAAAUGCUUGACAAUUCUAAAAAGUCGAAUAUGAUUGCGUUUUACCUCAUAAUUUCACCAGAAUAUUGAAAACAAUAAGAAAAUAUCGUUUUAUACUUCCUACAGAAAAAUUCCCGACAAAAUUCCCAAAAAGUCCAACCAUUAAAUGUGCGGACUUAUCGUACAUUUUCUAGGAGUGAUUUGUCCCUCGUCAAAAUUCAUUUUCGCGCUGACUUCUAGAUAUAAUAUAUUUCUCAAUUAAAGUUUAGCUACUACGGUAAAGUAUGCACAUAUAUGAUAAAGUUUAAGUCGACUGGGAGCAAUUUUUAAGUUGUAUCUGCCGUACGACAAUGAGAUAAAUAAUGAUAAACUCUUCGUAAUGGGUAUAGAUUGACUUCACUGUUUCUGAAAAGACGUCGUGACACCAGAUAUAAAAGUUUAUAGUUUGUUAUAAUUAUUGAUGUGUAGAUUAUUUUUGUAAUGAUUUUUUUUAUGGAAGCAAAUAAAUAUUACGAAAUGAACCUGUUAUUGUGCGUGGCUGUUUAUUUGUAUGGGGACUAGCGAACAUAUUUGAACAUGCGCUGUCAGCUUCUAUGAAAGUUCAAUUAUACACACGCAAGAAUCUUGCAUCUUAUAGCAAUCUGCUUGUGCCAAG